UUGGAAUAGGUGACAAGCUCGGGCGCCUGUGUGCGUUUACAUUGGGGGCGUGGCCGGCCGAGGUGUAGCCGGACUGCGUGGCCGGACGCCGGCGCCAUGGAGGAGUACGCUCGGGAGCCUUGCCCAUGGCGAAUUGUGGAUGAUUGCGGUGGAGCCUUCACUAUGGGUGUUAUCGGCGGUGGAGUCUUCCAGGCCAUUAAGGGCUUCCGCAACGCCCCUGUCGGAAUUCGGCACCGAAUGAGAGGCAGUGUCAGUGCUGUGAGGAUCCGAGCCCCUCAGAUUGGAGGUAGCUUUGCAGUGUGGGGGGGCCUGUUCUCCACCAUUGACUGCGGUCUGGUGCGGCUGCGGGGCAAGGAAGAUCCCUGGAACUCCAUCACCAGUGGAGCAUUGACCGGGGCUGUGCUGGCUGCCCGCAGUGGCCCGUUGGCCAUGGUGGGCUCGGCAAUGAUGGGGGGCAUUCUGCUGGCCCUCAUCGAGGGUGUUGGCAUCCUCCUCACUCGCUACACUGCGCAGCAGUUCCGCAAUGCACCCCCAUUCCUGGAGGACCCCAGCCAGCUGCCCCCUAAGGAGGGUACCCCGGCCCCAGGCUACCCCAGCUAUCAGCAAUACCACUGAGGAAGUGACCGCCUAUCACCGCCACCGUGGGAGCUCCUUCUCAGUUCCCUCCCCGAUGAUCUACCUCGAAGGGAGGGCUGGCUCCCAGUUGGCCCUGGGACCCUCCAGAGAGGGCCUCUACUCUGUUCCCUUAUCCCAUGUUGGGGGGUGGGGCACCCCAGCUGCCCUGAUGGAUGGGUCCCUUCUCUCUCAGGGCACCCCAGCCCCGACUCAUAUGUAACAAGCUCUCACCCCAGUCCCUUUGCAUGGCACCCUGAUGAGUAUUUAAAGCCAGUUUUGAAAUGCCUA